GAGAGCAUCAAGAAGAAGUGAGAGGCAACACCGGUCCACGGCAUUCCGCUUUGUGCGCUGUGACGCUUCGGAUGUUGGCACCGAGUGCUCUCCCUUUGGCGCGACUGUGAACGCCCGGAUGCGAGCGGGAUUAGCGUGGAUGCGCGCCGCCGCAGGCUCGUGUUGUGUGUGAGAAGAAGCACGCUCUGUUGUUUCGUGGACUUCCGAACGGUGCUGGUGACUUCUUGAUCGACUCGGUGGAAUCUCCUAGCCGAUUGGCGGUUCGUCGUUUCUAGACCGCGCGGCAGCUCCCAAGCCGCCGCCGCCUCCUUACAUUCAGUUAUGGAUACCACCACCUGCCUCACGUCCGUCGUUCUGCUGUUGGCUGCCUUGUCGGCAACAACAGUCGGCCAGGCCGAGACGACGACGCCAACUGUAACGACAACAGUAACACCGAUGCAGAAGUCCUCAAACAAUCUGUUGGGGCCGUCCUCUGAGGAGAGGUUGCUUAUCCAACAGGGGACAACAACCGCUGAGCCCACGGACCAAACAAGUGAUGAACCUACUACUUUGCCACCAAGCUCGGAGACUAGCUCUGGAACGCAGACGAACAACGAUAUAUUCGGCACCGAAAACGACAAACUGAACGACAUUGAAGCCGAUAAGCUAGCGAAGACAGAAGCCCACGUGGAGCCCGAAAGCGCUGUUGGUGCAGAGACGCCCGCGGUGGCGACCAAUGGUACCACGACACCUACGCAAGUCCCUGCGACAGAACUAGAGCCAAAUUCAGCUGAUGUCUUCGCGACGAUUGGGUCAGCAGAACACUCAGUGCCGUUCCACGCAGAAGGCAAGACUGUGUCUAGUCACAUCGGCGGCGAGGACGCAACAAGCGCGUCGUCCAUUGUUCCUGUUACAUCAGGUACAUGGCCACCGGAUGUAGCUACAGCAGCUGACGAUUCCGGGGUCACCACGGAAUCAAGGGUAAACCCGGAAGCGACGUCUUUUGCAGCGACAACUACGCCACACGCCUUGCGGGAGACUACUUCUCCGGGGUCCUUCGCUACUCAGCAGGCGCAAGCCGUACCGUUUUCCACUGAUGUUCUGCAGCAGUCCAGUUCAGUGCCGAGCAUUAGUGGUCCUCAGAGUGCAGAGAGCAGCUUGGAAACGCCCACUGACGGUGUUUACGGAGGCGAUCCUUACUUCCAGCCAGCAAUAUCCUCACCUGGUAUUGCAGCGGGUCCUUUUCAUACUCCGAGUCUUUAUUCUGAUCCGCUGAACACGAACGUUCCGGGAUAUUUUAAUCCGACGGGAACGAACGGCGUCACCUUUCCUAGGUUUGGCCUGGGGUUCUCGCGUAAGCGCUACUCUAGCCCUCCAGAAGUGGUCACCGUAGAGCAGACAUUGACUCCGGAUAGCGUUGAUGACACUACACCAUCUCCAAAUAUAGCUCCUUCGGAGCAGGGUCCCGCGUACGGCGAGGCCUCACUACCUGUCACUUACGGUACUACAACCGAAUCUGAGGCCACUGAUUCUGGAGCAUCGUUGCCGCCUUCAGCUGCUGACACUACUACUGAAGGAAUCACUCAUGCAGCACCCUUUCUUACUUCGCACGACAUUAACUCUGCUGAUUCUACGUCGCUGUCAACAGAACCUCCGGCUCAGCACGCAAAUACGGGCAUGCAGCAUCGGAGUGAGCUGACCAGUUCUACAGAAAAGCAACACGACGAAGAGACACCCACUACAGAUCCCACGCCUGCUACCAAUGUUCAUGACGGUGCACCCGACGUACCGACUACAGAGUCAAGCUUGAUGCCUAAACCUUUCAUUAAUAGAGCAAAAAUGGGCAGGGCGCGUACCAUCGAAGACCCAGAUCCAGAUUCGAAUGAUGUAACCGGGCAGGGACCUCGAGAAAUGACGCAGUACACAGAGCCUCCGGUAAUAGGUAAAAAUGCGCUACAAGAUAGCACAUCUGACCCGGCAUCACCGCUCGCCACUAAUUCUGAAAGCACUCCUAGUGUCAGUGCAACAGAGGAACCAACGACAGCUUCUCCUAUAGAGAGCACAGCGACUGCCUCAGUCAUGUCAGAACCGGCUACAGUGGCCCCCACAGGAACCGUACCUUCAGAUAUAACAACGAGCCACACCACCGGUCCCAUAGAUCUUACGCAGACAAGCAGCGAGAGCGCAACAGGAGCACCUACAGAGAGUACAAUGUCGACCCCUGUCAUUACUACCACGUUUCAAGAUUCUGGAACACCUUUGCAGGAGACCACGACGACGCAUUUGACAGCAGAGGGCGGUACUACGUCACAGACCAGCGACGAAAGCGUGUCCCAAGCACCGGUGGAAAUGACCUCCUCAUCUCCUGAGGAGGCGACCUCAAGCUCAGUUACAGACGCUACGACAGAGAGUGUCACGGAUUUAUCGAAAACUGCACCCACAGAUUCGUCUACUCAGAGCGUGUCACAGUCGACGGGAGAAUCAGGGGUUUCCACAAAUUCGACAACGGUUGCUAGUGGCGACAGCAGCACGCAGUACCCGGAUAUAUCUGUUACACAAGAAACCAUUGACGUUUCAACGGACACUGCUACGACAGAAUCUCAUGUGAGUUCACAGGAUGUGACACCCCAGGUAGAAGCAUCUACAGACGCAGCGUCAGGACACCCAGAGUUAAGGACGGAAGAUGAUUUCACGACAAUGACCCCUGCUAUGACAGAUGGACCAGCAAAUGAGGGCCCGCCGCAAACGCAGACCAACCCUUCCGUUUCAGGUACAACCGAAGUCGUUCAGCCAGUUGGAAAGGAAGAGUUGACGACAGAAGGAGAAGGCAACAUGGAAGGAAGAACUGCCAUCUUAUCGGAGGGUACCACUCCCCCGGCAACCGAGCAGGCAGUGACGACGCAGGGGGUACAAACAACAGAAUUACCGACGUACGAGGCGACAACACCCCGUUCGCCUGUUAUUUCGAAUGAAGACGGUGAGAGUACACCGUCAUCUGUAUAUGCGGCUACAACGCCAACAGCAGACGACAGGCCAGCCGAGUUUACAACACCGACUGCUGAGACUGCAGCAACCACAGAAGGCAGAUCUACAACACCAGAUGUCGACAGCACAACACUGACAGCUGACACUACAGCAAAACCAACUGCCGACUCUGCAACGCCAGCUGCUGACACUACUGAAUCGCCAGUUGUCGAGACUACGGCACCGCCAUCUGCCGAGACUACAGGACCACCCACUGCCGAGACCAUGGCACCGCCAGCUGCCGAGACUACGGCACCGCCACCUGCUGAGACUCCGGCACCGCCAGCUACCGACACUACGACACCGCCAGCUACCGACACUACGACACCGCCAGCUACCGACACUACGACACCACCAGCUGCCGAAACCACAGCGCCGCCAGCUACCGAGACUUCAGCACGGCCAGCUGCCGAGGCUACAUCACCGCCAGCAACCGAGACUACAGCACCGCCAGCUGCCGAGACUACAGCACCGCCAGCCGAAAGUACACCACUGACAGCCGAGAUUCUAACCCACGCCACCGAGACCACAACUGCCCUGAGUGAUGUGCCUGAAACGGAACCAGCAGUAGGCGAGGUUGCAACGUCACCAUCGGCUGUCGGAAUUACAACAACAGAAGUAAGCGAUGUUAUAACGACGACAGCAGUCGAAGCUACAACACCUGCAAACGCCCCGUCGACGGAACCAGCUAGUGACUUUGGAACGGCAUCCGAGGUGACAGGUGGUUCCUCGGCAAGCCGAAGUCCUAAACAACUCUCUGAGAGCACGUCCAUGUCUCUGCCAGAGUGGACCACGUCACCUUCUACUGAACACGAUCACAAGCACAGCUUCACGACGGCCCCUGACCUUUUCUCAACUACUCUGUCAUACACUAGCUGGUGGCAAAGCUCAACACAUCCUCCACCUUCUGAGGAGCCCGCUGGCCGGGACAUUACAGAAGGGACAUCCUGGCAUACGGAUAGCACAACGGCCUCCUCUAUCCAGGACUGGACGUCAUCGACCGAGGCGCCAGUCUACACGUCGGGUUCGCCAACCAGCACGGAAAUCGGCGCCGACGACGCGUCCUGCAACAUCGUGGAAGGUGCCCUACCGGUGUCAUGCCUUCUGCCCGAGGAACUGAACCAAACUGUGACAGUCAAGUUUGGUGAUCUGAACAAAACGAGGGCCGAAACUUUCCGAGUGGAGGCCCGGGUGUGGCUCUUGGACUAUUGCAACAAAAAUGGCAUCCCGCUUGGUGACCCGACGGUGGUGUUCCUCAGUGGAGACCGCGGCAUGGAUCUGAUCUCCUUCUUCGUGCUCAACCGUACGAGAGGUUCAGUGGUUCCAAGUGAUACGGUCGUUGCAGUCCUAAACAACAUGAAACUGACGUUUGAAGACAAGCUGGGAACUGCCAUCACGGACGUCUUCUACGGGCUGCCCGUGAUACAGAAGAAGGACGUGGGCGUGGCUGGUUUCCUGGGCUCGUCGGUGGGCCUCAUCUACGUCAUCGUGGGUGCCGCGGUGGCAGCGCUGCUCCUACUGGCCCUGCUCGUGGUGAUCAUGGUCAAGUGUCGAACGCUGUCCUCGAACCAGUACUCGCCAGAUUCGGAGAAGCUGACCAAGGACUUGCACAUGCGCGCCGAGAUGGGCGACCUGCGGCCGGCCGACGAGAUCCUCAAGGAGGAGGCGCAGCUGAAGGACGCGCUCAACGGCAACGGCACGCACAUCAACGGCGACGGCUGGGUCGUGCCGUACUCGCAGAUAGUCAACGAGCGCAAGCCGCCUGGCGACGCGCAGGACACGCGACUUUGAAGCUCGGUCUCUGUCGGACCGCUGGAACGAGAUCUCCAGGGUACCGCAACCGGCUGUUAGGCAGGGCUUUCGGACUCAUGGCCUCCGAUGCGGGUGCGCUUGAACACGUAGAAAGUGCAAAUGUGGGAGAAGAGAGUCUCCGCGUGUGUACCACGCAUUAUUGGCCUUCCCGGGUGAGCACAAACCAGCACUCGUACGAGUGAGAAACGGAACUAGUUCAAUUCAGGAACAAUACUUUUUGAACGAUUUUUCUUAUUCCCGGUAACAUGCACGAGGUUUGGUUAGGCAGCAUACAUGUUCAAAUGUGUGUACCGUGAUAAUAUACGGAGCUAAACUCUAUUAAGCAGCUUCCAAUAGGCAUUUCUAAAGCGAGAUAUAUAGAAAGCAAUGGAUGAAUGUCGAACAGCUAGCACUCCGUUGGAUUCUGCAGUGUAAAAGCAUUUCUGUAAGCGCGCAAGAUACUCGACGAGUACACCAGCUAGUGCGCUCUUCAGAAAAUACUGCGAAUUGCUUGAGCAAUAAUAAUUCUGGCAAUUCGUGCAACUGGGGCUUUUUUUCGAGAACCAAAAGUCGCAGAGCCAGUCGCCUUAAAAGAAACGUUAUCGCGCUCUGUAGGCCCAAUUUCACUGCAAAACGAACUAUUGGAUGGUUGAUUGCCAGAACAGCAAGAAGUCAUUCGGCUUCACCUUUGCAUCCGUAGCCAUGAGUCAUUUCAGCCUUGUCGCAACGCACUGCGGUUCCCUGAAAACCUACUCCAGUGAUUUUUCUGGCCCUUCUGGAUUCACAAGCCUCUUGUGGUGCGCGCGCGGCUCCACCGAGAACCGCGCGUCUCGUCACACGGUGCCCAGCUACAACCAGUGUCCGUUGUGGCCGCGCAAACGGCGCACACUGCCUGGCUGGUCACUUCCGGUGCUAGAUGGACCACGACCGAGAACUUUACAGUGUUACAAUGCAGCGGCCAGGCUGCUGCACCGAAGAGUCACUAUGACACGCGAGAGCUGCUUGGGAUUCACCAGCGCAUGUCAAUGUGUGAAAUACAUCGCCGCCGCGAUCGCCGUGCAAUGUGACUAGAGGCCUGGCGGGCUGGCCUCUCGCCGUCGACCGUCUCGCUUGUAAUGAGCUCGGCUUCGCCGAAGCAUAUCGGGUGCCAUCGGGAGCGUUCUCGCCGGGAACGCUGUAUCGCACGACAUACUUAAGUUAUGAAGACGAGGCAAGAGCGAGCAGCCACAUUCCAGUCACCUAUACAGUGUUUCUUUCUGUUUUGUUUGUCACUGCAGCUUGACCCUGAGCCAGUGCUUACCAGAAAACGUGAAGAAUGUUUUUCUUAUUUUCUAAUUUUUUUUCUGUGUGAGGCCAUAACGUUUUGUUGGGAGUGGUAGACUUUAUUUUCUUGUAAUUUAUGGAGUUAUAUUCAGAGCCAGAAACGAAUACUGAGCCGUACCUUCGUCGAAUGCGCUGUUUCCAGCUUGUCCUGAUAUAGCUUGCGGAGAAUAAUAAUAUUGAUUGCUGAGAAGGGUGCGCAAUCACUGUGAGAGGUUUAUGGGUGAAUAUCGUGUAACUGCUAGUGUGUGUGUUUGUGUUGAAUGCGCGAAAUCUUGAGCGCACUUGAGUAGCAGGACAAAUACAAUGUGAAGGGGCCCAUUUGACAUUUGCCGAAGACGAAGAUCAUUCAGCGGUAGUUUUUUCUGCCUGUCAUGCACCAAACAUGGCCAUUACCUGUGCUCCAAAGUAUAAUAUGGAAAAGGUGCAUGCCGUCCUAAGGUGAGAUCAUGUAGGUAAAUGAAUAAAAGGCUUCUCGAUGAAUCAUGAAAAGAAAAGACGCAACAAAACCGCAUAGGUGCAUAUGAUUGCUGUUGUGAGGAGAGGCGCGAACUUGACCCAUGACUAACCAAGGUUUCUAGUUUAGUUAAUUAAGCGUGUUUGGUUUUUGAGAGAAUCUUGUCGAUAACUAUCAUUGGGUAAACGCUUUUUCGCUCAAGUCACGAUCAAUUGUCAGUUCAAAAGUCGCGAUCAGAUAUGCUGGCGUUAAUUUCGUUGAGAAUCUCAUUUUACCUGGCAUAAAAUGCACAUUUGUUUAAAAUCUACAUGUGCAGCAUACCAUUAAAAUAAUUUCUAGUGUUCGGUAGAGCAAGCUGUACGUCGCUUAAGCGCUUCAUGCCUUUUAUCCUCUGUAAGUUUCAUGUUUUUUUUGCAAAACUCAGAUGAAGAACAUGCACAAGACAAUCAUUGAUAGUUGUUUGGUCACGUCUACUUGGUUAUCGUUUCUCCUGCACAGAAAGAAAGCACCGUAGUAGCGUUUAUGAUUAACUAGUGCAUAAAUUUAGACAACGACAACGUAUAAUUCUUUCACCGCACUGUACAUCGCGCCAUCGACGGACACCUCGCUGGAAGUGCCUUAAAACUAAGUCUUGCCAUUUUGUACGAAAUAGAAAUAUUCAGCCCCACAUUCCAUAAUUGAUGCUGCAUGGAUGUUUUUCCCUGCACAUCUGGUUGCAUUCGUGACCCAGAAUAAACCGUGGUGAAGUUGAGAUGAUGCCAUGGUGUCCUACAAGAGCUUUUAGAGCUCUACUUCAUGAUGCAUCACAUACUUCGCGGCCAUUCCAUUUGUGGUUUUAGACUGCUUCCUGUUUUCCCUUUCUUUGACCAUUUGUUGCAAAAAUUUAUCUGGGUGAAAGCAGGCACGUCUAUAAAAGUUGAUUAUCAAUUCUAAAUGUAUCACGUGUGAGCAAAAAGUGAGAAGUGUUCGAGUAUUCUUACCAUCUACGUUUGUGUGUGGUACAGCGUAUCUAAAAGAAUAUAUUAGAGAUGGUAAUAGCUUGGCAAGUAUUAUUCUGCCGGAAAAAAUUCUAUUCCUCGAAGAGAGAUAUUGGAGUAAUCGAUUAUACGUUAGAAUAAUAAAUGAAGGCUGUAAUGAAUUCACAGCUGGCUCUAUUCAGUGCAUUUCCCAACAGUUAGUUGUAGUGAUUUAUCAGGACGACUGUGGCUACCUGCCAGUUUACGUAAUAGUCACAAGAAUGGCUCACCAGUCACUUUCAACGUGACUUGCGCGUAGUCACUGUUCUUUCUAUGCCGAGGAGUUUUGUCCUCUUGUAUAUAGAUCUUGAAAACGUGGUAAUCUAUUUUUGUAAUUUUUUACUAUUCCGACUCUCUCUACUGUCCUUUUCACGACAUGUCAGAGGACCUGUUUUGCUAUGUGCUUUGCUUUUCGCUAUUGCGCUACCUAUAUUCUCAUAAAUGGGGCGUGACACUACAAAACCGCUCAUAAGCCUUACCGGUCGUUAGCACUCACUGAGCGAAGAUGUUAUUCAAGUGCAUAAUGCCUUAUCUUUAUCUAAGUAGCUGACAACGCAAUUAAAUUUUAGCAAAGGAGUUUUUUUUUGUGUGUGCAAUGCACAAUUGAAAAUCGUGAAUAUAUCUAUUAGUGCAUUUUCCUUGUGUAAUAAUAUUUCUUACUGUGCGCAAUAUUGUGCCAAAACUUGGGACUCGUCUCAGUAAGAAAAUGGCACUCGUUGUGAACUCUGUUUGAUCGCCAUACUCAAAGACGCGCUGUGCGAACCCUUCAGAGUCUUGCCCUGUUCACAGAGCGCAUGAAUGUAUUGUGCCUCACAUCGCGUAAUGUAAAUGGCAAUCUAUCUUCUGCUGCAAUAUAUGGUGGAGUGGUAUUACACACACCUCGCGUGCUUGCUAAAGCGUAUUGAAUGCGCGUGAUGUUUGCGUUCUCGAACUAACAAAUGAAAGUGCCUGUGUCAUUGCUUUCCUGUUCUGUUCCUUGACCGAGAUAUGUAUAUAGUGAAUUAAAAGUUGUUUCAAAUACGCA